AUGAAAACGUCUGUAACGUCACGACGUGUUGACGCAACUCUGGCUGUGGAGGCGACUGUGCUUCUCUGACAAUAAUUUCCUUCUAACUCUUCUUUCAAGAUUUUUAAUCGCAGUGCGAAUGACAGUCCGUGUGGGACAGAGACAACUUUCAUGUAGUGUAAACCUUCGAAGAAUCGGCUCCAUGGAAGUCGUAGGCAGUCCGCUCAACCUCGCUCAUCAGCAGUGCAGGAAGGCAGACCGUUUGAUAGCGGCUGGAAAGUAUGAAGAGGCCAUCUCCUGCCAUGGAAAAGCAGCAGAACUUUUGACAGAUGCGAUGAAGACAACGGAGUGUGAGCAGGCUCGUCUGUCCAUGGAGCUUCAGAGGGACAGUCAUAUCAAACAGCAGCGACUGAUCCAAGAGCGCUGGAAGAGAGAAGCUCGUCGUGAAGCAACAAAAGCCCGACCUGGCCCAGUGCAGCUGUCCAGCAGCCCAGCCCUCAUGACCCAAACCCAGUCCACAGGCCAGCUCCAGCCUCACAGCUCCUCUGGCCUUUCAGCUGUAGAGUUUGGAGGAACCAGGGAGAGAGAGUACGAUACCUUACUCUACCAGCUUCAGACCCGGCAGACUGGAGGCUGCCAGCCUUUGACUCCACCGUGCCCUGGAUCUAAGACCACCAAAGACGAUAAAACACGCCUGGAAGAACAACAGACCACCAUCGAGGACCUGCGGCGCCUGGUUGACCACCUGAUGGACGAAAACCAGCGCCUGGUAGCUGAGAACGAGCGGCUGCGAUCAGAAAACACCCAGCUGCGCUCCGAGGCAGCUGAGGCAGCAGACUUUGUGGAACGCUCAGAGCUCUGGGUGCUCCCACAAGCAGGUGGUGCUAUGGGAACAGUGGGUGGGCAGGAGAAGAAAAGCACAGGGAAGGGGAAGGAGAUUGCAAUUCCUCAGCUACCACCACUGGAGAUGCCAGCUCAGGAAGACCUGUGCCUGGAUGACCUGCCUCCUUUGGAGCUGCCAGAGGACAUCCAGAAUGAACUACAGGAGCUACUGGACAGGGAUAAACUGUGAUAAGACAGAUGUUUUGCUCCCCCCCCUUACACACACACACAUACACACACACAGACACACAGACACACAGACAUACAAAAACAUACAAACAUAAACACAAACACAGUCAGGAGUGUCCAGCCAUUAUGGCUGUUGAGUUCAGAUGCCACGUGUUUAACUUAAGAAAGCCACAGGCUCUGUCUGAUCAGAUCCCUGCUGUCUCUCCUGUCCUGACAGCUGCAACUAAACUACACACAGUGAGGGAAGUGACAGUUUCAUACAGGCUUGAGAAAAAGUUUGAUCAGGCAGAUCAAAUGAUAACACCUGUACCACUAUUACAAUACAAUCAAAGUCAAAGCUAAAGGUGUAGUUCACCCAGGAAUAAUGUCAGUUGGAACAUCAGUGAGGUUGUCUGUCAGUAUGGCAUACAGUGAGCUCUGUGUUCAUCUUCAGUAAAUUAACUGAAUUUGUUAUGAACAUGUUUUUUAGGUUGUGCAUGAAAGGUCAUUCUUGGCUAUAAAAUGUAGUUUGACGAAAGAAUUCUUAAUUCAAGGUCAACUUCCCAACUUUUUUCUGCAGCAUUUCACCACAUCUUGCAGAUCCUCUAUAGAUGAUGACAGCUAAACUCAUACCAUGACAUACCAUGACAACUAAAGGCCAUGAGAUCCUUUUAAGGUAUACACUAUUGAGUGUUCCAUUGUGAAAUAUGUGGAUUUAUAAUAUAUUCUACAUAAUAUCUGGAAAAAGCCAUAAAACAAGUGUUCUGAAGCUAAAUGAUAGUGAUUUUUAUAAAUAAGUCAAAUAAUAUUUUGCACUUCUCGUCAGUGUCAGUACAGUAGUAAAUAAGCAGAAAGGUUUGUGUGUGUGUGUGUGUGUGUGUGUAAUCUGAGUGAUAAAAACAAUAGAGAAAGAUGAGUACAAGUCACUAUAUGUUACAGCCAAUGACUGUAGAGAUUGAUUAGUUGAAAAUGAUUACUAGCUGACUAUAUUAUUCAGUAAAUAUUAAAUAAGCAACAACUUUGUCUUUAUGUUACAGUUGUGGAUUUUUAAAUUUGUGCUGUUAUGUGAUUUUGAAUCAUCUUUUUUCUUUGACUCCUGCAACAGAACCUGGAAAUUCUCUCUUUUCUCUGUAUACAAAAGAAAGAAAAAAAAUCAUUAUUGAAUCAAUGUUCUUCCAGGAAUCAGGAGAUAAUCAUGUUAUCGUUGAUUUUUGGCUUAACAGCAGAAUAAUUUGGUUUCAGAACACUUCAUAUGUCGCUCCAGCAGGAGUACAUUUAUGGUCACUGUCUGUGCUCUAUCAAAACAUGUUCCUCAGCUGUGAUGGAGAAUCCAGCAGCACCAUCACACACACACACUAUUUGUCACGCUGACAUACAAACUCCACACUGUUUCAACUUGCAUGAGAGUGAGUGGGUAAUGACCAGAUGUUGAAUUUGUAGAUGAACUGCUCCUUUAAAGGGAUCAUUCUCAGCCCGUUCUCAGCACUAACUCAGUCACCUGUGUGAUACACUGGUCUCACCCUACCACACACACGUCUGGAUUAUGUGCAGUGUGAUUCAGGCACCGUGGGGGCAUAUUGCUGUUGUUGAGGAAAAACUACAUUGCUGCCUUUUUCUUUUAGUUAAAUUUCAGGCUUUAAUGAUUGUGUGUAGUGAUUUUCUUAUGUCUUUGACAGGUGGUUUUAUACAACAGCAGCAAUAUUCAGGCACAGGUUUCUCCAUAUGUGCACACACAUACACACUGGUAUGGACUAAAAGUUGAGGUUAAUGGGAGGGAUGAAGCACACUGUUCACACUGUGAGCACCUUGGUUGAUGAGCUGAUAUCUUUAAGGUUUGCAACAGGAACAGGAUGUUUGCAGUUCAGAUCAUAUCUCUCAUAAUGCUCUCCAAUGCAAAAGCAUACCAGAGUUUUUGCAUGUCUUGGCCUUGCCAUUUAUGUAGACUCAUAACCUGUCUGUAGAGCUCAAAUAAUUAAUUUAUUAGUCAAUUAGUGAAAUUUUGAUUUGUAGUCAAAUGUGUUUGCAUGUCCUAACACAGUGCAGUUGUAGGGGCAUACUUAUUUUCACCACAUUGCCAUGCAGUGGUGACUUAUCAGGCAAGAUAUGUAAAGUUCAUUUUUAUACCUUAUGGUGAUGAAUGAGAAGAAAUGCCUGUACUGACACUGAUGUCCUGUUCAUGUCUCACAUUAACAUGCAUCUCCAGUGACCACUGAUGACCAGAUCUCUCUUCCCUGUUCUGUAUGCAGAUGAACAUAUAGAUCGGGAAGACAUCAGUUGAGUGGAUGGGUCCUUCACUGUAGCCCAGGACUGUAGCCAUAUGCUGCCUAAACCACCUCUAAAUGUGGUCUGAGUGAACAGGUCUCAGUGCAUCCUCAGUGUAUCUUUGAGAAAUUCACACCUGUACUUUGAGUUGUUCACUUGUGAUCAGAUCACCCAAGAGGCAUAUUAAUACCAGGCAUGCACAGAGCCUAGAGAAGCACUGUUAGAUGUUGGUCAGCAGAAAUGAAGUUAAAUGGACUAGAACAUGCAGGAACACUGUUAGUGGGUCUUGUAAAGCUGCAUUAAUCAGUUUCAGGUCACAGCUGCCAUCCAAUCAGCCUGGAUAUACUUUAAGCAUGUUAGCAAACAGUUACCUGUUUCCAGUGGAUUUUAGGGCUUGUGUGCUGAAAACAGCUUCUUACUGUUGGGCAUGAUGAGAGCACAUAGACUGAACUAUAGAUAUAGGAUGUGCAGUAAAACCAAAUCAAUAAGCUAGAAGAGGCUGACAGGCUCUGUAAGCCUGCAGAGUUAGUGAUAAUUCUCUGUGGUUGCAUCCUUACAAGUCAAAUCUUUCACUUUAUGUGGACAUUUAAUUCCAUGUCCAGAUAAAAACCUCUUGAUGAAUGCAGCUUUAAGUCAACUAAAUAAGGAUUAAAUCUGCAGCACUGAGAAAAUGCCAGAUUAUUGCUCAUCCAUUCAGUGCAUGGUCCAAUGAAGAUGUGAUUGGCUGUUUGCACAAAUUGAAUGAAAUGACUUGAGUGGACUUGUUGACUAUGUUGCUUGUGGUCUGAAAUCAUGUGGCUUGUGCACACCAACACUGUCACACACUCUGAGGCAUUUAUACAGACUCAGAGACUCACACUUGGAACAGUGUAAUUCCUUCCUGAAACAGUAAUGAUAUGCAGAAAUGGCUGCAAACAGGACACUUAUGCUGCGUUCACGACCUAUGCAAAACAUGAUGGAUCCACGUUUUCAACAAUAAAAUACUCACACAGGGUUAACCUUAGCUUUCAGCUGUUAAAUGCUAAAAUACAUGAUGCUUAGUGUGGAGUAACAUUAGGAUAGACCCUGAUGCUGACAUGCAGACAAAUGUAAAAAGUAAUGUUCUUCUUAAAUAAAGCUAACAGAGCAAAUGAUUUUCAUCACAGUAUCUCAUCAUUUGUGAUCAUUGUGUUAAAAGUAAGAGGGUAAAUGCAGAGCUACUGAUCUUUACAGAAAUCUACAUUCAUGGACUCUUUUAGUAUAUGAAUAACUGUCAGGUUGUUUUGGUAAAUGGAUUGUACUUUUCUAGUCAUAUUGACCACUCAAAGUGCUUCACACUACAGGUCACAUUCACCCAUUCACACACACAUUCAUACAGCACUUGUUCUGAACAUAUAAAGUGCAUUCUAACACAUUCACACACCGAUGACACAUCAGGGGCAAAGCAGGGUUCAGUAUUUUGCCCAAGGAUACUUAGGCAUGCGACCUUCUGAUUGGUAGGUGACUGCUCUACUUCCUGAGCCACAGCCACUGUUUUGAUGAUCAUUCUCAUAGGACGUGAAUGCAGCAUCACCAUGAGAACAGACACACUUCAUAGAGCUAAAGGGAGUCACUUCUCACUUGUAAUCAAUGGUCAGAGUACAAAAUGAAAACUUAAAAGUACCAGCUGGCCAUUAGUCACAGUAGCUAAAACAGCUUCAGCAACUCUUCAAAACUCUACUUUCUCAACAAACCAAACCUGUGCCUUUCACAUCCUUCUGUAAUCCAGUGGCUGUUACAUUUCUGGAUCUUUAGAUGGAUAGACGCUGUUAUCUUUUGACCUGUGUCUGACAGGAUGGUUGUUCACACUGUCCAGCACACAGAUUAACACUGAAAGCUGCAGCUCUGAAAGCAUCUCAGCUCUCCAGAGUGUUGUUCUUCCCUGGUUUCUAACAAGCCUGCGUCUGUAUCUGUGGCAUACUCAUCUGUCAGAAUAGGUAUCUAAUGCCGUAGCUUGUUGUAACCGCACUGUGCUGAGCCAUGAUCAUGUGUUUCCAUUGUGGCCUCACAACAAGGGAUAGCAGUGCUUUGCCUUGUAUUUCUGCUUGGUAGCAGAACUGACCAGGGCCAACCUGUAAUGGUCUCUCCCCUCAAACCAAAGCUGUGUCUUGCUCCAAACGUUGAUGGGAGAGAAAGCUCUGUCCUCACAUAUAUCAGAUAUCCACCUCACUGUACACUGACCGCUUUACUCAUGUCAGACUUGUGGUAAGUUCCUGCAGCCUCCAAAAACAUAUUGCCUCUCUCCACAGUCCGAGACCAGUCAAUCAUGUUUGUUAUUAUUCCCACAGGAAACAAGCACUGCUGUUUUCUUCUCCAACUCUAUGUAAAAGUACUAGAAGCAAAACCAUCUAUGCUGUGUUGUGACACAUCAAGCUUCAGAGCCAAGAGAAGCAAUAGACUUCCUGCUACUUUGUGGCUGUUUAUUCAAACAGGGCAGUGGAUGAAGAGCUGCAGGCCUAUUUUGUGGUUUGUUCAAACCAGCAGUCCUCCAACACAUUGUAAACCACACCUUGCUGUUUUGUAAAGAAGGAUUUGAAAACCAACAGUCCUGCAGUAAAUCCUCCCUCAUGAAGGAUCUAAUGUUCAGUUUGUGUUGGAACUGUUUCAGACAUGUUGAUUCAACUGAUCAUUUUGGGGAAUGUAGUUUGUGCUGCUGUUGAACUGCAUUGUGUUAAAAAUUCUGGUGUUUUUAUUAUUUUGUCCACCUCAUUUAAUGAGUGUAGGCUAAAUAAAAGAAACACUUUGAAUAAUGCACAGUAACUUAAAUGUUAUUUUUUGUCGUCAAACAAACUUUAGACCAUGAGACAGUGAAGGUGUGAGUUGAGAUGGAUCUGACUCUCUCCUUACAGCCAGUCCUAUUCUCUCUCUCUUCAGAUGAAGACUUGUGUGUGUUACAUGUGAUAUUAUGUGAUCUGGAGUCAGUUGGAAGACUGAUGGGUUAUUGUUCUGGCCACCUGAAAGACAGACUACUGUCUGCGAGCUGUGUUCCUUGUGUGUUAUUGAACAUGUGUGUGUAGAGUGUUGACAAAGGUUUCACUGAUAAAGCCAGUUCAUGUACCUUUACCAACCUAACCACGUGUUACCUAUGUUUUGGCUUAUAGUUAAUAUUUCCUGCUGGUAUUCAUUGGUAUCUCAAAGAAGAAUAAAACAUUUGAUGGCCCAAAA